GCUCCAUUUUUUCCCGAAACAUAAAAAUUGUAUAUGUAUGUGAACGUACGUAUCCUUAUGAUAGCUGUAAUAUUAUCUAGUAAAUUCAAAAAUGGGUAAUUGUUGUUCUUCAACGAGGGUAAAGGGUCACCCUAAUGAAAAAAAGUACAGAAAGACAAUAAUCGCUUAUGAAGAAGAAUUGGCCUUUGCGAAUCCACUCGCUCGCGGUGUUUCAACCGCGGGCACAGGCCAAAUGAGUGUUUUAAGUAGCUUACCAGAUUCCUCGAAAAAAGCCCACAUCCACAGUGUUUACGACGGAGACACGCUGACCAUAGUUCAAGAUGAUGGAUCCCUCCAAAAAGUUCGCUUGAUUGGUAUCGACACUCCGGAGCUGGCACCUCGUGAGCCGUUCGCUGUGGAAUCCACCAAUUUUGUAAAAAAACAUUGUCCUCCAGGCUCGGAGGUAUGGCUAUUUACAUCAACUGACCCGAAAAAUCAGUAUGAUAAAUACAAACGUUUGCUGGCUUAUAUUUUUGUGGCAAAAUACACACAAGGUUCAGGUUAUCUUUGCAUAAAUGUUGCCCUUGUCUUGGAUGGACUAGCGUUUUUUUAUGCCCCACAUGGUUCUGACCUUCUUGAAAGACGAGAUUUAUUGUUAUCGGCACAGAGGUUAGCAAUACAAAAGAGACGCAACAUAUGGAGUAUUGCCCCGCUUCAACAGACUGUAUAUGUCACGCGAAAUGGCAUUGCAUUUCAUCGUGAUGUUUGCUUUCAUAUCAAAAGAUUUAUCAAGCAGACAACAUUGGAAGAAGCCGCUCGAAUAGGGCUGAGUCCAUGCAGAACUUGUCAGCCUUUGGGGUAGCUCAUAGUACUAUUAAUCUACAAAACAUUAUUUUUGUAUCGGAACUUUUUUUACUUUUGGUAUAUUGUUGUAUUUUAAA